UGAUGAAGUUGGAGAGGCUAAUGUUGUCCAAGUGGUAACUGACAAUGCAUCAAACUAUGUUAAAGCUGGUAAGUUUAUUUCUGUCUAAUCUUUAUGUGUUUUUGAUUAUGUAGUUAUUAUGAAUCUAACUGAAUAUUUUAUUCUUCUAAUUCGUAGGGAAACUGCUAAUGGCCAAAAGACCUCAUCUAUAUUGGCUUCCUUGUGCGGCACACUGCAUUGAUCUCAUGUUGGAGGAUAUAGGAAAGAUUCCUUCGGUUAAGGCUACAAUAAGAAGCUGCAUCUUCAUGAAUGGCUACAUCUAUGGUCAUACAUCUAUGGUGAAUAUGAUGAGAAGGUUCACAGGCCAGAGAAAUCUGCAUAGACCAGCAGUUACUCGUUUUGCUACGUCAUUCAUCACACUUGGCCAGUACUACCACCACAAAAAUAACUUGAGAAAGUUUGUAACUUCUCAAGAUUGGAAUGAUGCAAAGUGGUCAAAAGAAGCAGGAGCAAAGAGGGUGAAACAAAUCAUUCUGCAAGAGAGCUUCUGGAGAAAUGUUCUUUAUGCAAUCAGGUUGACUGAGCCCUUAGUUAAAGUUCUUCGAUUGGUAGAUGGGGAGAGAAAACCAGCUAUGGGGUAUAUUUAUGAAGCAAUGGAUAAAGCCAAGGAAAAGAUUUCUGAAAACUUACUGUGGAAAGAAGAUCAGUACAAGCGUGCUUUUGAAAUAAUUGAUGAAAGAUGGAACUGCCAGCUCCAUCACCCUUUGCAUGCUGCUGGUCACUUUUUGAAUCCUGAGUUUCAGUACAAAGGACCUGAAGUGAAUUGUGAAGAGGUUAUGAGAGGAUUAUAUGACACCAUUGAAAAGUUGGUUCCUGAAGUUGCAACUCAAGAUCAGAUACUUAAAGAGCUGGAUUAUUUUAAGAGUGCUUCUGGACUCUUUGGCCAUCCGAUGGCGAUAAGACAAAGGGAAACAAAGGCACCAGCUGAGUGGUGGUUGUCUUAUGGAGCAUCUACUCCAACACUUAGAGAUUUUGCUGUAAGAAUUCUAAGUCUCACGUGUAGUGCAACAGGCUGCGAGAGAAAUUGGAGUGUAUUUCAGCAUAUCCAUACCAAGAAAAGGAAUCGCUUGACCCAAAAACGGUUGAAUGAUAUGGUUUUUGUUAAGUACAACCGUGCUCUUCGACGUCGUUACAAUCUGAAAGAUACAAUUGAUCCCAUUGACCUAGAAGAAAUUGAUGAGGGUAAUGAGUGGCUGGUAGGAACAAUGGAUGGAGAAUCUGCUGAUGGUGUUGAUCUAGUAUUUGAAGAUGAUGAUUUACCAUGGGAAUUGGUAAGCAAGGCAUGUGGAGCUAAUGAGCCUAGUUACACUACUAGAGGAACUACAAAUAGGAAUGAAAGAGGAAAGAAUUCAUCCACAAGCUCAACUCCAAGUCAAAAAGCUUCUCAAAGGCCAUCUCAAAUGAUGUUGAUUGAUGAGGAUGAUGACAAUGAAAUUGAAGAAGAUGUUGAAGCUGGGGCUAAUAAGUAUGUGGACGUUGAUGAGUAUGUAGGCAGCGAAGAUUUUGAUUCUCUGUUUUAAGAUUUUGUUGGUUUGAUUUUCUGUUUUAAGACUGCUGGUUUGAUUCUCUCUUUUAAGACUUUGCUGGUUUGAUUCUCUGUUUUAAGAUUUGCUGGUAUGAUUGUU